AUGGCUGAAUAUAUCCCCCCGACACUGGACUGGGUCCGCAAGCAGGUUGAGCUUUACGAAAGCAGUGGCGGCACCGAAGGCACGACACUUCUAGAUACCGGAAUGCCGUGCAUCAUAGUGACGCAUAAAGGCAACAAAACCGGUGGCAUUCGGAAGAUACCGUUGAUGCGUGUUGAGGUUGAUGGCAACUAUGUCCUGAUAGGGUCGAUGGGCGGUCAACCGAAGAACCCUUCCUGGGUUUAUAAUUUGCGCGCGCACCCUGAUGUGGAAAUACGCGAUAAAACUGUAGUCACCCCCAUGCGGGUGCGUGAGGUCUCUGAUGAAGCAGAGCGGGCACGUUUGUGGCAGGCGAGUGCGGAAGCUUAUCCCCCCUAUGAUGAUUACCAGGCAAAGACCACGCGUAAAAUUCCUGUGUUCCUGGCAGAACCCAUCGACUGA